CAGGUCAACAGACCAAUUAAACUUAUAAUAAAAUUGAAAUAUCAUAAGGUGUUUCCUGCGUACGAUAGUGAUUGAAUACCUGACUGCAUGAACGAAUAAUUUACCUACUUUUACUGGUUGUCUACCGUAGAAUAAUAACCUUGGUUGGUAAAAAACAGCUAAUUUAGUAACAUUUAAAACUAAAACUAAACAAUCGAAUUCACUUCAUGUAGAUGAGUCACUUUCCAUUGACAUAAAAUAGAUACAAACAAUAAUUAUAUUAUUGGAGUAUUUCAAAAUGUAUUUCAGUAGAUGUGUUCAAUUAUUUUUGUGUGUGAUAUUAUUCUAUCAGAUAUCAUCCAUCAAAGCUCAAUGCGUAGGUCGCUUUACUAUUGAAGAUGAGGAAGAUAAUGAUAUUUUAUAUCGAUUUAUGGACACCUUGGAAAGGUACACUGGACUUUCUGGUGAUUACCAGAAAGCGGUGACUGUGAAUUGUCCACGAAACGGAAUCUGUGUGGUGAAUCCCCAAGGUUCGGCCAUUUGGGAAGCGAGAUUAGAGUUUUAUACUCCAUAUGUCCUAAAUUCUUCCGGGACCCAUUCAUCUACAGAGACAUUGGAUAGCUGCAUAUGCUACAGUAGAACCAACUAUGAAUUUCAAGAUUGUCUGAUAAAUGUUAGACAAAACAUGUUAUUGGAUCUAGAUACAAAACUGGUACCAACGUUCAGACGUAUCGUAGAACAGGACAGGUGUGCUUUAUUUAAGGAAAAUUGUCUGUAAUCCAUAAAGUAUUCUAACAACAAAUUGUCGAUAACAAAGAACUUGUGAUAGUAUGUAAAGGGUCAGCGGGAAAAACGAUGAAUGUCAAUUUUUGGUCAUUUUGCGAUUUUUGUGCAAUCUAUUAGCUUAGAAAGAGUACUAUCAACCUGUGAAUGGCCCAGGGGAAAUUACGAUGAGAAUUGACUUGAAAACACGACAAGAUUGGACACAAGGGGGAAAACAAUGAAUAUUUAUGUUAUGUAACUUUGUUUCUCAUUUUACUGAAAAUGCUUCCAGAUAGACAUUUAUCGUUCUUCCCCCUGACCCUUCAUGUUGAGUAAGAACUAAGAACUAAUAUUUUGUGUUUAUUAAGUUAUCCUUAUUCGUAGAAAUAUCAAUAUUUUUAAUCUAAUUUGGUAAAUUUGUAUUAAAUUUUAGAAAAUAUCGUCGUCGUCGCGGCAAAAAGUCAAUAAGUCCAAAAUAAGAGAUCUGAGAAAAACAACAUUUUAGUUUUAAUUGUUGUCUAAAAUUCAUCCUUAUAAAAGUCAAGGAAAUUACCGAUGCAAUUUUAUAAGUCUAGUAAUGCUUUGAGAUGUGAAUACACUAUGUUAUUUGAAAUCAAUGGUAUUUAAUGGACUUAGUGAUUUCUGGCAAGUUGGUAAAAGGUAAAUUUGGUGAAUUAGUUAAACACAUUAUGAACAUUAUUUAUUACUUAAAUUAAAGUAACUCACUAAAUAAACAUAUUAUAGAAAUAAAAACUAAAAUUCAAUGAGUUUAAAUCCGCUGUUCGUCUUCGUUUCCCUCUGAUUCACUAUCGCUAUAAAUACUGGGCUCAGUAUUUCUGUCAAUGACUAAUCUGGAGGUUGGCGGAGACGAAUACCAAGCAUGGAACUCCGAAGGAAUAACGUCGGUAUUGCAUAAUUUCUGUAAAUCAUUAAAUUUUGCUAACGAAAUUGGACACAUACCUAGGUAAGCCUGUUGAAGUGAUAGGGAGGCUUGUGUUGGAGGUCUUUCUCGUCCAUAAAUACUUAGUUCAAAGUAGGGACCGUAGUGCUCGUAGCGAUAUUUGAUGAUUCCUGGAUAUUCCCUCUCCACUCUGAAACAUUUUAUUUGCAACCACCUAACUUUUUCACCAGAUUUAUUUAAUUUUGUGUUUUAUAACAUAUUUUUCGCUAGUAGUUUCCAGUUAAUAAAAGCUGAAUAUUGUAGCUCAUGGACUACAUAAGUGUCCUACUUUUUCAUGCCUCGUUUAUACCUAGCUUUGACAAAAAUAUUUUUCCAGUCAUGAAACGUGUGUACUGCUACAUACCUCUUUUCUCUCUCUAUGGCGCUAUGCAUACUGUCGCAUUCUAUCAUCGUAUAUCCUGGCUCUAGAAACUUCUGCUCGAGAACAGUAAUAUUGUGGCCAGAUAACACAUGAACAAAAUAAUGCAGCAUUGCGAUGACAAAUUGAAUCCUGUUUUGUCCCCCACAAGUAUCGGAAAACAAUUAUACUUCUGUGACUCUCGCAGGGUGGUUUUUUAAAUAGGGAUACAAACAUAACGCAAUUUCUAAGCUCCCUCUGGCAUCAUUAAGUUCAGUUCAGGUAAAACAGUGAGCAUUAUUUGGGCGAGCUCCUUCAUAAAUGCAUAAAUUAAAGACAGGUAAUUUUCUACUGUAGUGUAAGGAUGAUAUAUGAUAUAUCACUACUUGGUAUUUGCAGCACACUUUGAAGGUCAAAAGUAGCAGUGAUAAAACCAGGAUUUUCAGUUGCUGUUUUCUUAUCACAUCCUUUUCGCGCUGUUUGUGUUUGUCAUAGGCUUGCUGUAAAUUUAUUUUGUCCUCACCUGUUGCUAAUUUAUAUCUGUUGCAUCGGGCACACUGAUCUUUGCGCGGUUUAAAGAAUGACAAGUUAUAUUCUUUACCAAAUAUUCUUUUUGUACGUUGCCAAACUUUUUGGUAUGCGAGCACUUUGAUUACAUAGUUCUUUAUACAAGGCAUACAAUUUUCCGAUAGAUAAUGUAGCUUACAAAUACAUUCUUUUGAUGACUUUCUGCAAUAGUACGAUUCUGUUAGUGGAAAACUUUCGAUAUGAUUUUUAAUAAAGUUAAUAUAUCUUCGGUUGUUUUAUUGGCAGGUACAUGUCUACCUCUUUUAUCAUCGCCUUGAAAUAAGCCUGUUAUGUUAUUCUUACCCUCACAUGCUUUGUUUAGAGGACCAUUACUGAUAGAGAGAGUCUUUAGAAAAAAAAAUUGACACACUCUAAUUUGAGCAGCAUUUUUUUAAAAAUAAAACAUUUUGCUUUUCGUUCGUGAUUUGGUACAUUUUUGUCGAGGCCGUUGUCUUCUUGGUGCAUGUAAUUUUACAUUCUAUAAAAUGAAAUAUUUUUUUCGAUUAUACGAUUCACAGUUCCCUGUACGUGGAACACAAUAAUUGCAUCCUUUCUUCUUUACUAAAAUUGUCUGUGCAGUGUACUGUCUAAUAUUGUUUCUUUUACCUAUAAACACAAAUUUACAAACUAUUUUGAAACUAAGUUUACCAACCUCCUACCUUCAGAGUCGUUUUAGAAUUUUCGUUGGUCAUUGCAAGAUUAGCAAUGCGUUUUCUUUUUACUAGAUUUCAUUUUCGAUUUGUUUAUUAGCACUUCACUAUAAAACAAUUCGUAAAAAAUAAUUUACAAAAUUUUUUUACUCCUAAAAAACAAAACAGUAAUUACGAUCUACACAAAUCAACAUGUGCUCACACUUCAGUCGAAAAAAUGAAAGAUUACCCAUGAACGAUCACAUCAAUCACUUAUUUUGUAUCUGCUGUCUUUUUCUAUAAAUAACAAACGUUUGUUAUAGAAAGAGACAGGAAAUACAAAAUAACUGAUUGAUUUAUCGUUCAUUACCUGAUACUCUUUACUAUAGAGCUUUUCAUUCACAGUCAUUUGUUUCGAGCUUCUGUCAUGUGUCACAUAAUAUUAAUAUAUCUACGUCAUACGUUAUUGGUGUAUACCAAUGACACAAACCAAAGACGUAUGACGUAGAUAUAUUAAUAUUAUGUGACACAUGACAGAAGCUCGAAACAAAUGACAAUCGAUGAAAAGCCCUAUUAGUAUCUGUCGCAUCGUAAUCAGGCAAACAUUAUUACGUCCAGUUAGUGACUUCUGCCCGAUAACAAAAUGGUAAUUUUGGACUUAAGUAUAUUCAGUGCUUUAGGCAGCCAACUCUACGUGCUUUGUUGGACUUCUUUAUAUCUGCCAGACUAUUUUUUUUUUGCUUGAAAAAUGGCUUUGGUCGAGCCAAUUAGUGUUUGUGAUUAAUUGCAAUGAAAAUUGCAACUGCCAGACUAGGAAAAUUGAUAUUGUGAAUCGAUCAGUAGACUUUACUCAAUUUUGACAAAAAUGGACUUAGUGAGUUUUGCGUGAUGAGGACGAUAUAUUCUAUAUUUUAUAUAUUAUUUGUAUUUGAACCUUUUUAUAUAAAUAAAGAAAUGUCUGAUAUGAAAAUAAUAA